CAGAGAAACCUUUUACGAUGUAGUAUUCUUCUAGGUAUACACAUCACUAAGUAAAAGUAUCGAAUAAGACGCUGCUCCUACAAAUGUAAGAAAAAUAAACAAAAGGGGCGAAAAUACUUAAGAAAUUUGGAGCAUGCAAAUGAAUCCGAGUAUUACAAUCGAGAGAAAACGCGUUGAUUGCAACGCAUUACCCAAAGGCUGGCAGCGUGAGGAAGUACACAGAAAAUCGAGCUGCAAUUCGGGCGUUGAUGUUUUCUACUACAGCCCGACAGGCAAAAGAAUUGAAAGCAAACCGCAAUUAGCACGCCAAUUGAGCGCCGAGAUGUUUGACAUAAGUAACUUUGAUUUUCAAACCGGCAAAAUGCAGUUGCAACGGCAAAUGCCCUCCCCGUCGAUAUCGCUGUAUCGAUGCAAUGCAGCAGGCGCCAUUAUUAGCAAUGCCAGCCUGGGUGGCAACGCAGCCAAUGCACUCAAACGCAAAUAUAGUCGAGCUCAGGCUCAAGGCUCUAACAUCAACAUCAGCAACGUCAGCAGCAACAGCAGCAGCAACAACAACAACAAUCACACCAGCAGCAACAUCGGCAUUGCAGCAUCAAUAACAGCAACAGGAAUAUCGCCAUCAGCAGCAGCAGCAAAUACAACGACAACAACAGCAGCGGCUGCAGCUAAUCUGCGCCAGCAACAACAACACCAACAGCAACAGCAGCAACAACAACAAUUUGAAUUCAGCCGCGCUCUGCGCACAGAUGUCUCACUGGUGCCGCCCAUACGACAGACAGCCUCCAUCUUCAAGCAGCCGGUGACUGUGGUGCGCAAUCACGAGCCCAGCAAGGUGAAGCACGAUGCCAAGCACGGUGGCCAGGAGAAGCCCAAGCAGCUGUUCUGGGAGAAGCGAUUGGAGCGCUUGCGUGCCUGCCAUGACAACGGCGAGGAACUGGACGAGAUAUCACUGCCAAAGACCAUACGCACCGUCGGUCCCAAUGUCAACGAACAGACGGUUCUACAAUCUGUGGCCACGGCCCUCCAUAUGCUCAAUGCCGGUGUUCACGGCCAGAGUUCGACCAAGGCUGAGCUCACAAAGAAUGCGAUGGCAUUUAUGAAUCCCGAACAGCCGCUGAUGCAUGCGGUUAUCAUCUCAGAGGACGACAUACGCAAGCAGGAGGAUCGCGUAGGCGUGGCACGCCGAAAACUACAGGAUGCGCUCAAGACAUGAGUGUCCGAGCGAAAGGAACAUUCAGUCUUAGAUAUUCCAGUACGGCUAACAUAUAUUGUAUAACUAUAAUCACUUCCAAUUUAUAAGUUUAGUCCAUUGCUUGAUUUCCGUUUCCUCUUCAAAUCAAUGUGGAAAACAUUUAAUACUAAGAUUAGAUUUUUAAUAAAUACUAUUUUAGUCAAGCAAAAAAACACACAUAU